AUGGCCGCCGUUGCUCGCCUGCAGCAUGCCAGCCGCUUCUCCUCCCUCCCUUUCCUAUAUCCAUGUCUGGCCACCGUUUCCGCCAAUGCAUCUGGCUCGACAAGACGAGCGAUGAUGUCAGCCUACAAGCCCUCACCACCGACCCCGAGCUUAGAGCAAGCAUUGCCAACGCUGCAGUCCCCACCGCUGGUCCUCCCAUCCGUAACGUCACUCUCCCCAGAUGCCGCUGCCCCACAAACGGCAGCCCGACCUCCGCCCGCGCCCAAGCCAGAAAAACCGCGGCCUGUGCUUCGACCGACGAAGGCGGCACUAACCAUUACACCCUCCGCCGUUGCGCGUCUCUCAACGCUGUCGCAGGCGCCAACUCCACAGCUUAUCCGAAUCGGAGUCCGCAAUAAGGGCUGCGCGGGGCUGUCAUACCACCUAGAAUACGUCGAGAAGCCGGGCAAGUUUGACGAGGUCGUCGAGCAGGACGGUGUCCGAGUGCUCAUCGACAGCAAGGCGCUGUUUUCCAUAAUCGGGAGUGAGAUGGACUGGGCGGAGGAUGCACUCAGUGCCAAGUUUGCGUUCAAGAACCCGAACAUCAAGGAUGCAUGUGGGUGUGGCGAGUCCUUCACGGUGGGACAUUAG